UAUCAUUGCCUGAACGAAGAGCCCUGGAAACAAAGAACGUACUACCAAGAGAAGAGCGGAGAUGAUGACGAUGACGGUAGGGACGUUCACUUCCGGAAACCUUAUCUGCGUUCCUCGCGCUCCACCCAUCAUUUCUUGACACGCGUCCAGAAACUUCAAGAGAACGGGGGUGGAAGCUUCCCGCACUCUCCCGCCAUGUGUUAUCGUUAACCGGACGGACGAGCGCAUAAGAAGCUUCUAUGCGACGCAUCGUCUUCCUUCCGAUCCGCUCCAUCACAACCUUCGAUGGCUUUCCAGUUUCGCCUGCCCGAUGCGCACAACCUCCUCCGCUGUCCAAGUAGACGUUUAUCAGUGUGAGAAUGUUCCACAGCCUCUCAAGUGACACCACUACCACCCCUUCGUGUCUCUCUCCUCCAUCCUCGCGAAGAAAUCGAGGCCAUUUCGUCGAGCGAGUGGUGGCCGCGCGGCGAUGGGCUCUCCGCCCCUUCCUCCGGCCUCGGAGAAGGCCGACGAGACGACUUCAGCUGCGGCGGGGCACCCGGAGGGGCAGCGGCCGCUCCCGACGCCCUUCCUGACGAAGACGUACCAGCUGGUGGACGACCCGUCGGUGGACGACGUCGUCUCGUGGAACGAGGACGGAUCGACGUUCGUGGUGUGGCGACCCGCCGAGUUCGCCCGCGACCUCCUCCCCAAGUACUUCAAGCACAACAAUUUCUCCAGUUUUGUUCGCCAGCUCAACACCUACGGGUUUCGGAAGAUCGUGCCGGAUCGAUGGGAGUUCGCUAACGAUUGUUUUCGGAGGGGAGAAAAGCGCCUCCUUGCCGACAUCCACCGCCGCAAGAUCAACCCGGCGGCAGCCGCAGCCGCGCCGAUCGCGGUGGCUGUGCCGAUUAAUAGGGCUGUGUCGCCGGCGAACUCGGGGGAGGAGCAGGUCCUCUCCUCGAACUCCUCCCCUGGCCCACAGACGCCGGCCACCACCGGAUCCAGCGGCCCAACGGAGCUGAGGGAGGAGAACGAGAGGCUGAGGAAGGAGAAUGCGCGGCUCCUCCGGGACCUCGCCCAGAUAACGAACGUGUGCAACCAAAUCGCGGUCCUGGUUUCGAAGUACGCGGCCGAUGGCGGCGGCGGCGGCGGCGGCGGGACGACCGAGGUGGGGGCUCCGCCGCCGAUUCUGGAGCUGAUGCCGGCAACACGGGUGGAGAAGCAGGAGGAAGAGGACGCGGACACCGUGGCGGCGGUUGAGGAAGGGGUGAUCAAGGUGGAGGAGUGGACGAGCGAGCCGCGGACGCCGGCGGGGCCGAGCCCCAAGCUGUUCGGGGUUUCGAUUGUCGGGAAACGGGUGCGGGAGGAGGAGAUGGACCAGGAUCGGACGCCGGCUGUGAAGCCGGACCCUUUUGAUCCGGGGCCGGACCCGAAGGAAGCGACCUCGCCAGAGCGCCACCAGCGGUCGUGGGUGGUGUACUGCCCUCGGCCGAUACGAAGGUCGUGCAACGUGCCGGACAACCCGACGGAUCGCGCACGUGAUGCGAGCUGAUCGCUCCGGAUCAUACGAGAUGCCGGAACGGAUCUCUUUUAGAUUCGUGCUCGCUAAUUUAAUUUAGUCUCAUUUAAUUUAAUCGUGCCUCUUAUCCACUGUAUGAUUUCCACACGUAACUCGCUACUGCACUUGUCUGCCCACUUGGGAAAAAGCGUGGAACAAUGAUGGCAGCUAAUGAUAGCUUUCUCUA